AACUACAAAGAGCUUGAGCUGCUCAGGCUGGUUUAUUAUGGAGGAGUACAGACUGACAUCAGGAAAGAAGUCUGGCCUUUUCUGCUGGGACACUAUAAAUUUGGCUCAAGCAAAAAGGAUAUGAGCCAGAUCAAUGCAAAGAUCAACGAGCGCUACCAGCAUGUGAUGCGGGAAUGGAAGUCCUGUGAGAUCAUCGUCAAGCAGCGGGAGAAGGAGAUGCAAUCGGCCAUCUUUGCCAAGCUGUCCUCAGGCAGCAGCAUAGACAGCCAUAUUCUGCGGCUUGCCCACAGAGAUUCCACUCUCAGUAAUGAGGUGACACGGUCCAAUUAA